CCGUAUUCUUGGAAGGAUUGGAACUCUUCAUGAUAUUGAAAACAAAUUUAGUGUAUGGUGGAAAUUUGGAAGGAAAGUGGGUAAACACUGGAACACGUGUGACGAGAAAUGGAGAAAGAGAAGAAUGCAGAAAUUAGUUAUAAACGAAAUGAAGAACAGAAGAAGGAUUGGAAGAAAAUACAUGAAGAAAGAAAGGCACAGAAAAGGAAAUGGAAGGAGGAAAAGCUGCUGAAGAAGAUGGAGAAGGAAGCCAAGCGACAGAAAGAGCAGGAAGAUCUAAAUCUGGAAAAUGCUUCAGAGAAAAAAGGGGGACGACUGCACACCCUGUCCAUAGCGCUGCCCGGGUCUAUACUGGACAAUGCACAAUCACCAGAACUGAGAACUUAUCUAGCAGGGCAGAUUGCAAGAGCAGCAGUCAUCUUCAACAUUGAUGAGAUUAUUAUCUUUGACGAGGUAUUCUCCAAGGAAUCCUCCGUGGAGGGUCAAUUCCAGGGAAUUGGUAAAAAAGGCCAGGCUAAUAUCCAGAUGGCCCGCAUUCUCCAGUAUCUGGAGUGUCCGCAGUACCUCAGGAAAUCGUUCUUCCCGCAUCACAAGGAUCUCCAGUAUGCAGGGAUAUUGAACCCCCUAGACAGCCCCCACCACAUGAGAGCGGAGGACGAGCUACCUUACAGAGAGGGAGUGGUGCUGAAUAAACCUGUCAAGGCAGGGAGAGGGUCACUGGUCAAUUGUGGACUAGGCAAGCAAGAUGUACAAAUAGACAAACUUCUACAGCCCGGAGUUCGAGUGACCGUCAGAAUUAACCAAUACGAUCCCUCUAGGAGGAUACUGAAGGGGCGCGUUGUGUCUCCAUCUGCUCCCCGGGAAGACAUGGGCCUAUAUUGGGGAUACUCAGUCAGGCUGGCGAAAAGUCUCGGAACAGUGUUUACAGAGAGCCCUUACGAGGAAGGCUACGACUUUACCAUUGGUACGUCUGAGAAGGGUGACAGUGUUGACACAGUUAAAAUAGAUAAGACAGAUUUCAGGCAUGCACUGAUUGUGUUUGGUGGCGUACAGGGACUUGAGGCUAGUUUGGAAUCGGAUGAAGCUUUGGGAAUGGACGAUCCAAGCCUGUUGUUUCAGUAUUAUGUGAACACGUGUCCUCACCAGGGCAGUAGGACGAUUCGAACUGAGGAGGCCAUUCUUAUUAGCCUUGCAUCCCUCCGAACACAAUUACAAGGCAAAUGGACGCCACAAUAAUAAUCCGUGUACAUUGUAUUUGAGUAUGAAAAUUAUAUUGAAUGUAUUGGCAGCUAAAAAGGACAGUUGUGACUGUCAAAUGAUGCAGAAAAAAAAUUAAUUCAUAUAAAAUAUAUUUAAAAGUACAUUUGCAUUGGGGUAUAUCCUCUUCCAAUUCAUGUAAUAUUAACAUGUCUAGACUGUCUCUGCUUCCGUAGUCAACACACGAAUUACAACAUGAAAAGUUUUCAUUGUUUAUUGGACAUUAAACAUUAUGUAUCAAAAAGUUUGUAAAUGUAUAAUAAAGCAACAAUUUUUCUCAACACGGAAAAAUAACAAAAAUAAAUCACACAUUCCACAAGCAGUCAAUCUAACCCUUACUCCGAUUCAGUCGCAUCAGAUUUUGUAUUCAGGCAGUGAAUUCCUAGUUUUGGUGAGAAAAAAUAAGGUUUUAUCAAUAGACAAUGGAUUUUGAUUCGCUCUUGCUUUUGCAAGUUUUGCACCUAAUAAAAAAUCCAAGUUUUCACUGUAUGUACAUGUAUAAUAGGAGAAUUGGUUGAUUCAAACAAUGUUAAAAAACAUCAUACCAAACAGUAUACAGAAAAUUUGUAUUUAAAACAAAGAAAAAUAUUAAUUCCUACAAUCUACAUUUUGUAAAUAUAUUUAUCAGAUUAAGAUAUUUUAGUGUAAAAAAAACCCACAUUACUAUCUUUGAAGAAAGAAAUUAAACCUAAUAUCAUGCUUUCCAUUUCACCAGUACAUUCUUUUAAACAGCAUUGUGUGUUGGAGAUCAAUGAAAAGUUUAGAGCAAAUCAAGAAAAUCUUUCCUGGUAAGAAUGAAAGCACUUUGUUUAAGAACUUGCAUAGAAGUUCUGAAAGGAAAAUGAUAUUGUGAAAUGGUGAUGUUUUUUUGGCACUGUACUAUUGCAUUUGUUGUUGCAAUAUCUUCUGCUGAAUGUUGAAUGAAAUUAUGAUGGGUCAGAACGGAAGACAAAAAUGACGAGGAAACGAGAGCUACUGUUAGUAUAUCUGAACUACUGCUAAAGGUCAGCGGGGUCAUGCACGAGUGAAUCUGUCAAUGCAAUAUCUAAUAACAUUAAUUAGCAAGUUCUAUCAAUAUACAUUCUUUAUUAAAAGUGUAUUACAAAAUGGUAAUUCUGUAUUUGAAAUUCAAUUAUUCCAUGAAUCAUUGCAACACAAUAGCAAUACCGAUUAAGAAGAGAGAAGGAGAGAUGUGUGUAUGGGUUGCAUCUCACUAAAUUAUACUAUGCAAUUUUCUCGUAAAUGGUUCUGCAGUAAUUUGACAACAAAGUUUGGGUGUAGAAAUCCAAUAGGGGCAGGGUAUUGUACAUAUAUCACUAUUUCAGUGUAUUUGUAAAAUCAAAGAUGUACUGACUAUUUGGCAUGUCAUGUUUAAUAUCUACUUUGUUCUAUGAUUAAGAAUUUUGUGUUGUAGCACAAAACAUAAAGUAAUAAUUUUGCUUUCAACAUCAAAGGUGCUAAAAUAUAAAUCCUGUUUAAAGAAUGGGUUCUUGUCAUCAAUCAGACAGAUAUUAAGAAUAUAUGCCCUAAACUGUAUAUGCAUCCUCUUGAGUUUUGAACGAUGUGGGUCAUGGAGCCUCAUGACUCUUUUUUACUGACACUUAUAACAUUUAAUGCUAAAAUUGGGUCUGGGGAAAUUGAAUUUUAGGGGCCUAUAUUUUUGGUAAAUCAACUGUGCAGUAAAAUAUCACUGGAACAUCCUCUCAUUUGAAAAAUUUGGAAGUAAUGACUUAUUGGGACAAAAUCAAAUCAAGAAAAGAUUUCCCGUACUAUGGUAAGAAAUCGUAAUUGACAAAAGUGACAGAGUAUAGUAAAAUGUUUGAUAUCUUGAACCUGCUACCCCUCUAGAGGCUAUUUAAAAUGCCCUACCCAUAAUAUUAUCCAAAGAAAAAGAUCUAGAAAAUCAUUUUACCUUUCUUAAAUGAUCCAUUACCCCUUCUUUAUUUUAAUAUACUGUUGUUGUUAAAUAAAAACUUCCAAAAACAGUAGUACGGAAACAAUCUAAAUUUAUCAGAGGAAAUUCGGUCUACCUUAUAUAUAUCUUGUUUGCCAAUGUUUAUUCAUUCUGCUAUGCAAACAGACAUGUUCAUGCAUAGUGAUUAUGCUGCAAAUUAAAAUAAAUUUUAAAUGAAACACAAUUAUAUUUAAGUCAUAUCUGCUGUAAUGGAAUUUCAAGUUAUUAGGGCAACCUUGACGCAAAAACCAAGACCCACAACACCUACUUUUCUGGGUCUCAAAAGAAUGUAUACAUUCUACAGUUGUCGCAUAAAAAUAUAUCUCAGUGCGUUCAAUCGAUGUGAAAAGAAUCCAUUCCUUAAUAGGUACACAGAUGGCACAACUUUGAACUCCUUGGUUGUGAAACAUAAGUUAUCAUAUUACUAGGAACACCAUAAAAUUAACUUUUCUAUCACUAGGUAUUCAUACUAAUUGUGUUCUUAAUUCAUAAUUCAUGAUUUCAAUAAAAUAUCACAGUUCCUGUGAAUUAAAAUGGGGGUCAAAUUAUUCAUGAUGUGAGUAUAUAUGUUACAAAAUAAAUAAAUGUAAAAUGUA